CGAAGACAGAGCAACUACACUGUCCGCGCGGAUACACGGCGCAGACGUCGCACGCUAGCGUCGCAAGAACGCCAUCAAAACCACCGAGAGGAGCAUAAUCGUAAACCACCACAAUGGGCCUGAUAUAGCGCCAAUGGCUUCCUUCAACAAUCUCGACGGCUACCACUCACCCGCCCAGCCACCUCACGUCCCUGGACUGCCCUUCUACCAGUAUUCACAAGAGCAGCAGCAUCUACACACCGGGCAGGACAGGGAAGAGGGGCAGCAGGACGAUGGAGCGUCAGAGGGGUCUGACGGGAACGCAGACGCGUCGCAACACGCCCAAGACGACCCGGCCCUGCGCGGCCACCUGGCCAGCAUGAUGGGCAAUUUCGCCGGCUUUGCCCCCAUGUUGCAGCAGCAGCAGGGCAAUGGCUCAAUGCUACCCUCGUUCCCCUCUGGCUCCGGGGCAUAUGCGCAUGCUGGCGGUGGUUUCGACGCCGAUGGCUCAUUGGCAGACCGCAAUAAGCAGGGUCGCAGUAAAAACAGCCGGGCGUGUGAUGAGUGUCGAAGGAAAAAGAUCCGCUGUGAUGCGGCAGACGAAAGCGGUGCUAUGCCUUGUACGUCGUGCUCUCGCACUGGCGUCAAAUGUGCGUUUAGUAGACAACCGAUGAAGCGAGGGCCGAGCAAAGGGUACAUCAAAGAGCUGGCUGAACGAUUAAACACGUUGGAGAGACAGGUGCAUCCUGGGCAGACACCGCAGACACCACAUGCCGAUGAUCACCUUCCGCCGAGAGACUCUUCGGCGAAUACACCCUUUCAAUCUUCAGAGCAUCCCGAGCCGCGAACGGGAGACAAGAGGACGUACAGCGAGGCGUUGCAGAACGAAUCCCAGCUCCGGCCAGACGCCAGCCCGAGUCCGCCGCGCAUCCACCCAGACCUGCAAGCACCGCGACAAUCGUUCUCUCCCAUCUCCCAUACACCGCAACCGCAAAGCUCUCAACAUGCGGAAGCCGUGCAACCAUUCUGGCGGCGUGGCGGGAACGAAAAUCGAAUUGAAGCUACCGCUCUACCUUACGAUGUCAACACUACUCCCUCGAUCAAUAUAUCCGAUUGGAACGACGAGGUGAUGGAUGAAUACUAUCGAAUCAUCCACCAGACCUUCCCUCUUCUCCCCAACAACAAGAACCGCCUUCAACAACGCCUUCAAGACUGUCCGGCUUCUCUGCGCGACGGCUUCCUCGCCGCUCUAGACUGCACCCUACGCUCUUUUCCGACCACCAGUCUCAAGCCGAAUCCCAACUACGCACAGGCCCUGAAGAAGGCGGUAGAAAUGCUUGCCCGAUAUCCCUUCGACAACCCGAGCACGCACAAUGAUGCCACGAACCUCACAUAUCUUCAGACACUGCUGCUCAUGGCAUUGGAGGCCGACAACCACGGCCCGGCGACCAUACGAGGACAAGCAGGCCCGUCACGAGCGGAAUGGCUGGGCAGGGCCGCCGGAGUCGCAGGGCAGCUCGAGAUUAACGUCAUCCGGAAGAGCAACGACUCCAUCCUCGGCGGCGAUCGAGACUCAGACGCCCGGCUGGCGCGGAGGGUGUGGUGGGUGCUUUUCAUCCUCGACCGAUGGCACGCGAGUAGCACCGCAGACCUUCUCAAACUCCCCGAAAACAGCGUCGUCCUGCUGCCCGAAGACCAGAUCCUCCUGGGCGAAAGCACCUACCACCUCGCCCGCCUCUCCUUCAUCAUCGGCCACCUGGCCGCCAUCCUCACCACCACCAAAACGCCCAGCACAGACGUCAUGGCGCCGCUCAAUCCCGCCUCGUCGCUCCUCAACCUCACCCUCGCCGGCGAAAUCGACCGCUUCCGCGAAUCCGUCGAGAGCGUGUGGGGCUCGCUCAACCUCGUCCACCUCUCCUACCACCACUGCCACCUGCUCAUCAAACGCCUCAGUCCCACCACCGGCAACGACGAGCUCGUGGGACACGCGGUGAAAGUCGCCACCGUGCUCAACAGCCGCCUCACUCCCGUCACUCCCUUGAAUCACCACUUCGCCGCCCUGGCCGCCAUGACGCUCUGCGAGCUGUGCGACAUCGCCAAGACGCGUGUUGAGGCGCUCAAGGGAUUGGAGCACCUUGCCGAAGCGCUCGGCACGGGCAGAGGGCUGGCGGGCAACCAGGAGAGCGAAGGGUGGGAUGGCGCGAUUCGCGAACUGGUUAAGCGGAAGAUUGAGCGGGUGCAGCAGAGUUCAUCACUUGAUACGCUGGCUGAUGCCGCUGGGGGCGGAGAGGCGGAUGGGGAGCGGGGGUAUGAUCCGACGCUGUUGACGAGAUAUGGGUACUUGACGGCAUUGGGACAGGGCGAGUUUCGGAUGCGAUAAUUUCCAGGGAACUUGAAGAGCCAAGUCAAGUGUGCAUAUGUACAGGAUCUGUACAGGCUGUGCUUGUCACUGAGAAUCGUUACUACAUUAUAGGACAUAUAGCUAAGAGGGGAUGC